UCAUUUUCCAGUGAGGUCUGGAAGAGUGGCAAGAUUUCUCACCGACGGAGUCACGGAGAGAGUGGGUAUAAAUCCUCAGUCGUGACUUCAAAGUCAUCUGCUUCUCGCUCAUUCUCUCGCUGCUGCACACUUUCACUGCCUCGCAUUGUCUUCCAUUCAAGUGAAACCCGCAUUGAGUUUUCAUAGGUCAUAGAAUUGUACAACUUAUUUUCUUGAUCUGGGUCGACAAGAUCUGGUCAAGGAAGCUAUAGAAGAAUGGGGUUUGUUGAGAAUUUCAAGAUCUGGGUUUUGUUUAUCUGCUUGGCAUGGGGAUUGGGUCAUGGGUUUUAUCUGCCUGGUAAUUAUCCUCACAAGUAUGGGGUUGGUGAUUUUUUGAAUGUAAAGGUCAAUUCACUGACGUCAAUUGACACCGAGAUACCCUUUACUUACUAUAGCUUGCCCUUCUGUAAGCCCCCAGAGGGUGUUAAGGACAGUGCUGAGAAUCUCGGCGAGCUCCUCGUGGGGGAUAGGAUUGAAAAUUCUCCCUACAGGUUUAAGAUGUUCUCAAAUGAGACUGAAAUUUUCCUCUGUCAGUCAAAGCCAUUGUCAGGGGAGGAGUUUAAGCUUUUGACGAAGAGGAUUGAUGAGAUGUAUCAAGUGAAUUUGAUUCUAGAUAAUUUGCCUGCUAUUCGAUAUACUAGGAAGGAAGGGUUUGUCUUGAGGUGGACUGGGUAUCCAGUUGGGAUUAAAGUCCAAGAAGCCUAUUAUGUGUUUAAUCACUUGAAGUUUACUGUUCUUGUUCACAAAUAUGAAGAGCCCAAUGUAGCUCGGGUGAUGGGUACGGGAGAUGCUGCUGAGAUGAUCCCAACCGUUGGGGGUGCUGGAUCUGAGGCACCAGGAUAUAUGGUCGUCGGUUUUGAGGUUGUCCCAUGUAGUUUCCAGCACAAUGCUGAUUCAAUUAAGAAUUUGAAAAUGUAUGAUAAGUAUCCGUCUCCUAUUAAGUGUGAUCCCUCUACAGUUGGCAUGGCUAUAAAAGAAAAUGAGCCUGUGGCCUUUACCUAUGAGGUUAACUUUGUUGAGAGUGAUAUCAAGUGGCCUUCAAGAUGGGAUGCUUAUUUGAAGAUGGAAGGGGCAAAGGUGCAUUGGUUCUCCAUCCUGAAUUCCCUCAUGGUGAUCACUUUCUUGGCUGGAAUUGUGUUUGUGAUCCUGUUGAGGACAGUACGGAGAGAUCUGACUAGAUAUGAAGAGCUUGACAAAGAGGCUCAAGCCCAGAUGAACGAGGAGCUAUCAGGGUGGAAACUUGUUGUAAGUGAUGUCUUUCGAGCUCCAAGCAAUCCAACACUCCUGUGUGUGAUGGUUGGGGAUGGUGUUCAGAUCCUAGGGAUGGGAGUUGUGACUAUUCUGUUUGCUGCUCUUGGAUUCAUGUCCCCUGCUUCUCGUGGAACAUUGAUUACAGGUAUGCUGUUUUUCUACAUGAUUCUUGGUGUUGCAGCUGGUUAUGUCGCGGUUCGUCUCUGGAGGACAAUCUUCUGUGGUGACACCAAUGGCUGGGCUUCAGUUUCAUGGAAAGCUGCAUGUUUCUUCCCUGGGAUUUCAUUCCUUAUUCUGACCACUUUGAAUUUCUUAUUGUGGGGUAGUCAUAGUACAGGAGCCAUUCCAUUUUCCCUGUUUGUUAUUCUCAUUUUGCUUUGGUUCUGUAUCUCAGUUCCCCUUACCCUUAUUGGGGGUUACCUUGGGGCAAAGUCGCCUCAUUUUGAAUACCCAGUCCGAACCAACCAGAUCCCCCGUGAAAUUCCACCUCAAAAAUACCCAUCUUGGCUUCUAGUCCUUGGUGCCGGUACCUUACCUUUUGGUACACUUUUCAUUGAGCUUUUCUUCAUCAUGUCUAGCAUCUGGAUGGGUCGUGUGUACUAUGUGUUUGGGUUUCUCCUUAUUGUUAUGAUCCUUCUUGUUGCGGUGUGUGCUGAGGUGUCUCUUGUCCUAACUUACAUGCAUCUUUGCGUCGAGGAUUGGAAAUGGUGGUGGAAGUCCUUCUUUGCUUCUGGGUCGGUUGCUAUAUACAUUUUCCUCUACUCCAUUAACUAUCUAAUAUUUGAUCUUAAGAGUUUGAGUGGACCUGUUUCUGCUACGCUUUACCUGGGCUAUUCAUUGUUCAUGGUUCUGGCAAUCAUGCUGGCAACUGGCACAGUGGGGUUCCUUUCCUCUUUCUGGUUUGUAUACUACUUGUUCUCUUCUGUGAAGCUGGAUUGAAGACAGGGAUUUCAGGGAAAAGAAAAAAAACAGUUACAUCUUCGAAAAUCGUACAAUUUACUUAUAUUGCUUUUCUUAUGAUUGCUGUUUUGUAGGAAGCUGAAAAAAACAAUAAACUUGAUAAGCUAUAAAAUUUUUGUUAUUCUUUAUUACGUCAUCGAUUCGUAAGCUUCAGUAGAUGGUAUGUAUUGUGAGUGUUGGAUACUUAACAUGAAUGCUUUGUUGUUCAUUUCACUUUGGUUAUCAAGUAGUGAUUAUAUCAA